AAUAAAGAAUGUACUUUGGAAAUAUGGAAGACCAUGAGAAUAGGGACUAUGUCCGGUGAGGUACAGUCGCUCCUGUCCUGACACUCCACUGCCCAAGCUGGAGCCCAUGAAGCAGCAGGCAGUUCAGGGAGACAUAGAGGCAGCCCAGCCUCUGGGGGGCACCAUAGCUCCUUUCCUUUUGCAGAUGGUGGUCAGACCAGGGUGACUCAGCACUUUCUCUUCCUGGAGCCAGGGCUCAUGGGAGAUAUGCAAAUGUUCCCAGGGCACCGUGGCAGCCCUUUAAAAGCCAAUAUGGGCUGGUCCCUUUGCUGGCUUCUGCAAGCUGAGGCUUAAGGUUCAGAAAGUGAGAGGCUCUGGGAAGUUCCCAGGGGUCUGGUUCUGGUCUAGGAUCCAAGGGGGAUCUGUCCCUCUGUUCUUCUGGCCCACAUGGGAUCUCCAGUGAUUGAAGGAGUGCCCAGCUGGAGAAGUUUCCAGAAGCUCAGACUUCCCAACUUUGGCAGAUUCCCAGUCAGCUGAGACCUACUUCUUCCAUCUCCAGUUCCCUGAACAAGAAACACCUUCCUGCUCUUGCGCAUCUGCCUCUGCCAACCUCCAUCUAGCCUGGCCUCCAAGAUCCCCAAAAAGCACACCCUGCUGUUCACCCCUAGAGGCAUCAGUGUGGCCAUGUGUCCCCCCGUGGUUGUGUACCCAAACAGAGAGGGCAUGUCCUACCUCUACACUUCCUGGCUGUAUGAGUUGCAGCAUGGACUCCAACUGCUGACCUGCUUCAUCUGCUUCAAAGAUGCCUUCCUGAAUUUCAAAGCUAUACUACAGUCAGAGGACUUGGAGGAUGAACACGGGGAGUUGGAUGGGGAGGAGGAGCUGUCUGAGGAAGAAUGGUCCUCAGAGUCAGAGCCUGGCACAGGGCCACAGCCAGGUCCCCCCAUGGCCUCCACUCAGCAGAUAUCCCUGGACCUAUGCCCCAAGAAUGAAGACUGGACCCAGGCCCUUCCCUGGAAGAUUCAAGGGCUUCUUCACUGCACCCACUGGCCCCGCCCAUCUUCUCCUCGGCAGGUGUCUCCCUGUGCGACUAUGGCCCCAGUGGAGCCCAUGGUGCUGCAGCUGGGCACCAUGGGACCAGUGGAGCCCCGGGAGGCUCAGGCCUGGUUGCUGGGCCUACAGAUCUUCUUGGUGGUGGGCUAUGAAGGCAACACUGUCCUCAUGCGGAAGAUGGCUCCACUUCAGGCCCUGAGGAGCCCAGGCCAGUCCUGGAGAGUGCUGCUGGAGCCCAGCUUCCAGGAGUGGAGGUCAACGCUCUACGAACCAACCCUGCUGCCAUACCUGUUCCAGUAUCCGUUGGGCAUCCUGGAGAGAACACAGCUGAGUUAUCGGAUGUUCCCUGCAUUCACAGUUCUACAAAAGAAAGGUUUCAUAAUCCUGUCCAUUUCUCCCUGGAGUGCUAGGGAAGGAGGGGAGGGGUACUCAGCCUCUGCUCCAUAGCCCCUCACUUGAGGCUGGGACCCCAGGUCGCCCAAGUUCGUGAGCUGUUUACCCAGGGAGCCUGGAGAGAGCCUGGCUGUCAUGAAAGUCUUGGCCUGCGGGGGAGCUGUCCUGCUUUCAGCCCUUCAGCCCCAGGCCCUAGAAUUUAAGAGCUGAGGCCAAGGUAGCCACCAUUGCUCUGGCCACCCCAGGACACCAGAGACUGGGGAAGGCCAGCCAUUGUCCUUUCUCAGCAGCCAGGGUAGCGGGUGGCAGGGGCUGGGAAGCUUCAGGUGGAAGAGAGUGUGGAGCAGCCUGGGGAUGGGAGUUGGACUUGCUGGGACUGGAGGAGGGGUCACCUGCACUGAUACUCAGGAGAAGGCUUCUCAUCAGGAGACUUCCUACAGUUCAGAACAUCACGCUGACCCAGAGGUGCUGACACGGGUGGGUGAUUAUGAAGUGGGGAAGGAAGUGCAGCAUGAGGUACUGGCCCUGCCUAGCUAUGCAGAGCGAAGUCAGGAGGGGCACAACCCUAGAAUGCACUGAACUCUGGGCCAGCCUGAGGCGUGUGCUUGUCUUUGUUUGCACCUUCUCUGGGGACCACAUGCUGGUCUGCAGUGGAGGAACCUGGUUUCAAGCAGAGUUUUUAAAUCCAGUUUAGUUCUA